AUGGCUGAUGAUGACAUCGCUGAUCCGUCAGAGUUGCCUCGUGGGCGCUCCGGAUCAGACAACCUUCCCGCGGAUCGAGUCCUCGAUAUCAUCUCCGAGAGUACCGACGGAGUGGUACUCGGUGACGCACUACGCGGCAAAUACUCGGAUGACGCAUUCUAUGCACAAAUCUUGGCUUCUCCGAGCCACUUUAAAAACUUUCGCGUUCAGCAUGGCCUGGUACUCCUGCAUGACAAUGGCAGGUUGUUAUUAUGCAUCCCAAAUGUCCUGAUCAAUGGACGAAGUGCGAGAGAGAUGGUCAUUGCGCACGCACACUCGCUAUUGGCUCAUCUAGGUGCCCACAAGACUCUGGGACUACUCCGAGACCAUGUCUGGUGGAAGACU